UCCAGACUAUUUCAAUAUCAUUUAUACAAUUAUACUUCUCAUAUUCUUGAAAAUCCAUACCCAAUAACGUAUAUAUCGUCACCAAUUUCAUUUCUAAACUAUUAGAAGAUCAAAUCCUACCAUUUCCUUGAAAAUUAUCACAUGCAUGACCAUUGCUACAGGAUCAUCACUUAAAAAAUGGACCAAACGUCCAGAUGCCGUUGCAAAAUCUGGUUGGUACUUUGUAUCUUCUUCAUAUGUUGGUAUUUUAUGAUCCACAAUGCUAAAUGGUACACUUUAUCAUCCCCUAGAACCGCAUUCCACCACCACACAAACCCUAUUGAGAUCAUAGAUUCCACCGAAAAAACAAUACCCGAAACCACAAACACGCGCGUUGACAAUGACAAUGUUGAUACGGGUCAUGGUUCCGUCAAGGAGGAGAUCGAUUGGUUAAACGACGCAGCUGAAAUGCGAGCACUCGAGAAUGAAUUGGAACCCAUUCUUAAAAAAGUUAGGCCUAAACCGGAGAAGAAAAAGACAAAAAAGGUUGAGACUGCAACCGAUAAAGUAGGAGAGAGAGUCGGGAAAAGGAAAACCGGAUACAAGAGCAAACUGUCUUGUUCGGGCCGGUAUAUUUACAUGUAUGAUCUUCCUGCCAGAUUUAAUGAUGAAAUUCUCGAUGAUUGUCGGUCGUUUAACAAAUGGCAAAAUAUGUGUCCGUACGUUGAUAAUAACGGUUUAGGGCCGAAUCUCGGGAACCCCCAGAGGGCUUUCUCGAGAUCCGGUUGGUAUGCGACGAAUCAGUUUAUGUUAGAAGUAAUUUUUCAUAAUCGGAUGAAAAAUUACGAAUGUCUUACGAAUGAUUCGUCGAUUGCGUCUGCGGUUUACGUUCCGUAUUAUGCCGGCCUUGAUGUUUGGAGGUACCUUUUUGAUCAUAGCAUCUCGUUUCGCGAUUCAUUAUCGGUAGAUUUGGCCGAAUGGUUACAGGAACAGCCCGAGUGGAAGAAGUACCAUGGUAAAGACCAUUUUCUCGUAGCCGGGCGGAUAACGUGGGACUUUCGACGGGAAACCGACGAUGACGAAGCGUGGGGGAACAAACUAAUGUUACUACCCGAGUUUAAAAACAUGACGUUUUUAACGAUCGAGAAAAGCCCGUGGCAUAGUAACGAUUUCGGGAUACCAUACCCGACGUAUUUCCACCCGAGAACGGAUAAUGAUAUUAGUGAGUGGCAGAGUAAGAUGAAAAGGCACCGGCGAAAAUCAUUGUUCUCAUUCGCCGGUGCACCGCGUCCCGAUAUGGAGGAAUCAUAUCGGGAUGAAGUCAUAGAGCAUUGUGCUAACUCGAGUAAAUGUAGAUUAAUACAAUGCUCAAAUGAUAAUUUAAAAUGUUACCAACCCGUCGACGUGAUGAAACUCUUUCAGAGUUCCAUCUUCUGUUUACAACCUCCGGGUCAUUCACACACCCGGAGGUCAACUUUUGAUUCCAUUCUGGCGGGUUGUAUCCCGGUGUUUUUCACACCGGGAUCAGCUUACAUCCAGUAUUUAUGGCAUUUACCUAAAAAGUUUGAAAAAUAUUCGGUUCUUAUUAACGAGGAUGAUGUGAGACAUAAGAAUGUUAGUAUUGAGCGGGUUUUGUCUCGGAUUCCGGCUAAGAAGGUGUCGGAGAUGAGGAAUGAAGUGAUCGAUUUGAUACCUACGGUGGUUUAUGCUGACCCGAAAAAGUCAAAAUUGGAGAAAUUUAAAGAUGCAUUUGAUGUAAGUGUCAAUGGGGUUCUUGAUCGGGUUAAAAUUGUUAAAAAGAAGAUGACUAGUAUUGAUUUUGAUGAGAGGUUUAGCUGGAAAUACAUCUUGUUUGGAUCGGUUGAUAAGCAUGAUUGGGAUCAGUAUUUUCGUUAUCCUCAGAAAGUCAUAGAAACAGAAGCUGAAGGUAAUGAAACAAGGAGAUGAAGAAAACGGUGCCGUUUCGUAUAUGUAUAGGCUUGUAAACAAACUGAACGUUCAGUGAACCGUUUGACGGAAAGUUCGUUUAUAUUUUUUAUAUUUAAUGAGCGAAUGAACAUGA